GAUCACUCAAGUUUCCCUCCGUUACGUCAUGCCCGUCAUAGGCGGCCACGACGAACCAGAAAGAUUGUCAUUUCUUCGCGAACUUGUCCAUUGUUUAUAGUGCAGAGAUCGGUGUUCGCAAUACUCAAUAAUGCCAAGAGCGGCUGGAUAUUCCAUGGGACACCAGGAACUACGAUAUUUAUGGCUAUCAAAGUUCAGAGUUAUGGAAUUAGAAAUACAUCCUUUUAUCACAGCAGUGCAUAAAGCCGCAGGUGUUUCUCGAAACUGGUUUCAAGAUAUUUACAUGAAGGAGGUGAAUAUGCUUUUGGAACCAGUUAUUAAACAGUUUGACCAGAUCAUUCAUGGUAUCAAGCGAGAAAAAGAACAUUAUGACUGUUUAGUUGGGACUGACAUAAGGCUGGGUUACAAGCUGAAGCCAAAGCCAGAGGUACAGACACUCCUGACAAAACAUAGGAACAAAACUCCAGGAGCAGCCUACAAAUGUGCACAUAUAGAGCGCUUUAAGUUGGUAGUGUAUGUUUGUCCAAGGCAGCAUUCUCAUUGUGCACAGACCAACCUAGCUUUCAGCCAAUUGCUGAAUGUCCAAAGCGUACCAGAUCAGACUGACAUCAGCAGCUACUUUCAGCCAUGCUCCCAAGUCAUACCUCACAAAAGCAGGCCAGUUUCUGUGUCUUCUACCAAUGUGGAAGGAAAACGUACUCUGAGCUCCAUCACAAGUGUAAACAAAACCAAAGUCUGCACACAUGUACCUGACUUGGCUUCAGCUGAGAGAGAUUCAUUCCCUAUGGAAACAUUGGAAGGAAGCAUGGAAGAUGUGACUGACCAGAAAGAUCAUUUUGUGAACAGAAAGAGAAAAGGGGGCAGAUGUAUGUCAGAGGUUGGGAAACUUCCUAAGAGGACUGCUUUAAAGCUGACAAGUAGUUACCAAGACACUAAUCACUGUUCCUCUAGUAGCAAGUCUGGACAUGCUCAUGGAUUGUCAAGGAGUAUUUCAAAAAAGUCUUUAAAAAACAUAAUACAAAGGCAUGAGAAGAAUAAAAAAGAGAAAAGAGCCAUUAGUUUAGAAAUGCACACAUCAACACUCCAGUCAAAAAGGUCACCUGUAUGCAGUCAUUCAGCAAAAGAAAAUGGAAAGUCACGCCAGAUGCAAAGAGAGACUGACGAUGAUAUGUCUUCAGUUGCCUUACCUUCAGUAUCAGUGAUCAAUUUAGGUGCAGUUACCAUUGCCUCUGAGUCUGAAAGCUGCAAUCUUUCAUUGUCACCUCAAAUGCCAACUGCCACUAAAGGAUGUAGGGAAAAAGAAAUUCAUGACUUCCCCAGACAUGAUGCUGAUAGUGUGGUAUGCAUGAGCACAGGAAAACAUAAAAGUCAUAUGUUUGUCUCUUCACAGCUUGAUGGUGUUGGCUCAGGAAAAAACUGUAGGGGUAGGACCAAGAGAGGAAUAUAUUCAAGGAUCAAAGAAUUUCAUUCAAAACAUAAGGCAAAUAAUAGUCCAACAUCACAUCUGCAGAGUCUCAAUAAUAGUUUCAAAGUGAAGAAGGUAAAAAGUUAUCUUUCUGUUUGUCAUAAGUCAGUACAUCAUGUAGAUUAUGAAAAAGCUAAGUCUGUGAAUGUGCUAUCACAAAAUCUGAAAGAUGAGCUGCCAGAUCUAGUUGAUAGGUCUAUAUCACAUCAAUAUUCAAAUUCCUUUUCAUUGUCAUCCUGCAUGGAGGAGAAAGCCUCACUGGAGAAGGUACAGCCUCCACUGAAACAAACUUGUAGCAAUGGCAGGCUGCCAUUAUGUAGUAGUUGUGAUGAACCAGAAAUUAAAGCAAGAGAAUCCUGUCAAGAAACAGAGUCACAUGAAGUCUUAUUUCUUGAGCAUCCUGUUACACAGAAAAGCAGUGAGAGAAGGAAGCGAAGUUGCAUUUCAAAUGACCAGUUCUCACCUUUGAAUGUUUUGAGAUUGGAGCCCUUUUCUACAUGUGUUGCAGAUUCAAAAAAAGGGUGUGGGUUGUUAUCUAUUCCCGACACUGAACUUGAAAAGUCCGUACUAAGACUGAGAACGGAGCUUGAGGCUGUAAAGCAAGGGAACCACUAUAGCAGACGUCAUGAACAGUACAUGGAAGGUGGCAAAUGUAGACGUCUGCUGGAUGAUCAGAAUUAUUUGGAACAUUUCAAGGAGGGACAAGAGGAUGUUGUCAUGGAUACUCUUCUUACUAUGUUCCCCAAAACAGACGUCCAGAGCCUGGAUUAUAUUAUGCGGGUGUUGCUUCCAGAAGCUUUGAUCAGGGUGUACCAGCAAGUAAUGGGUCACUCUGUUGAAGAUAUUUGAUUUAUUAAAAUUUAUUUCCUAGUCUCUUUCAUUUUCAGCACAAACACUUCAAGCAAUGUUGUUUAUAAGUGAUUUGUUUAACCUCAAAAACCAACAGACUUUAUUUACAAAAGUUUUGCAUUUGCCCAGCUUGUGUGGUUAAGAUUCCCAUGUAGUCAUUCCACUGGAUUCUAAAAUUAUACAUAGUGUAAAAGUAUACUUCCUGAGUCACAUUUAUUGUUAUGUUUAUUAUUUUACCGAGUCAGAUUUCUGCAUGGUCUCUAUCUUCUGUUCCUAAGAGGUGCUAAUAGCUUUAUGCGCUGUGGUUACUUCUAAUCAACUGGUCACAUUUCUUGAGAAUGUAUGUGAUAUUUUAUUAAUAGGUUUUAUUGCUUGAGAAAGGAAAGUUCUGUUGUUGCAGUCUGUUUGUGUGUGUUUUGGUGAAUUUACACUUAUGACCGGUGGGUUGUACCUGGCUCAUUUUUGUUUCAGAGUAGACCUAAUAAGGUACUGGCAAUAUUUUUGAAUUGUUUGUGAUAAAAGUCAGUACAAAAUUUAUGCUCAAAAUAAAAUGAUCUCUGGAUUCUGCA